AUGGCAACCUCAAGGUUCUCGACGGAACAAUCUGACGAUUCCAACGACUUCGUGGUACCGUGGUCAUAUGUAGACCCCGACAUCAACGACGACGGGGAUACAGAGCAACACAAAGCUCAUCGGAACCAGCAGCUGUACAAGCGCUCCAUUCGACAUUAUCGCCAUGCAACAACGAAAUGGGGUGCCGCACUAGAAAGCUUCAAUCCAUUGUGGUUCGCUGUUUGCAUCUCAGCAGGCGGAAUUGCUCUGGUCCUGAAUGGACCUUUUCCGUAUCGUGGCCAUUGGCUGAUUGUGUUGGCUACUAUCCUGUACAUUGCAGAAAUCGUCCUUUUCUUCACCUUCCUGGCUUUGCUAUUAGCGAAGUGGAUCAUUUACCCACACGUGGCUGUCCGACGUGCGUUAACAGAUUCGGACGAACUGGGAACUUAUGCUAUUCCUCCUAUCGCUCUCAUGACCAUUGCUGCUCUUACCAUUACACAAGUCAGUGAGGGUCCAUGGGGCGGUCACGCUUUCACCCUGGUGGGUUAUGUUGUGUGGUGGAUAGGUGUUGCUUGGGUCUUCGUGACGGCACUGGUGGUUCUCUCGGUCUUAUUCUAUACUGGAAACCAAUCUGCUAGAACCAUGACUCCGGUCCUGUUCAUGGCACCUGUUGGACUUGCGACCGCUGCUGCAGAGGCUGGACUGAUCACCAUCUAUGGCGCCGAGAUGUCCUCGAGACUUGCCGUGCCUCAGCUUAUCGUCGGUUACUUUGCCGCGGGCGUGGCCUUUUUCAUGGCAAUUCUGCUUUACACUGUGUUCUUCCAUCAUUUACUAUCUGUUGGCUGGGGCCCUGCCCCCAAACGAGCCGGACUCUUCAUCUUGAUUGCUCCAUGCGGACAGCUUGCAACAGCAUUCCAAUUGCUAGGCGAAUCCGCAUCUGCCUACAUGCGAUUUGCACAGUACAAACCCUCAGCAGUCAACCCUCCAGCUCAUGGUACAUUCUGGACAGAAUCCACCGCGCAAGGCGUUGACGGCGCUGGCAUCUUCUUUGCUCUGCUUCUACUAGGUUUUGACUACCUUUGGCUCUGUAUCGCCAUUAUAGGAGUGGCCGAUAUAUUUGUCAAAAAGCAAGCCACAUACACGUUGGUUUGGUGGGCAACGGUCUUCCCAACUGUGACUCUUACCACCGCUUGGUUGGAACUGGCUUCUUCUAUGGACUCUCCUGCUUUCAGGGGCUUGGUUUGCGCCUUGACGGUAUUUCUGGUCAUUGCAUUCUUUGUCAACUUGGGCUUCACUUUGCGGGGUCUGUUCAAUGGAUCAUUGAUCUUUGGUAAAUCUCAAUUAGAGAUUGAAGAAGGUAUGAUGAAGAAGGCUCAAGAUGGAGCGAAGAGCCGAAGAUCAGAAGUGUAA